AUGAGCUAUCGCACGACCAUGUGCGCUUUUUCUGACGCCCACAGGAAUUUUUCGCCAAGCAUCUCCCAAAUCUGGUACAUUCAUAAACCACGUCAUAGAUAUUUGUUGAGGAAAAUUGAUUCAAUUGCUUUUUCAUUAGAACUGUUUUGGGUGCUGGUCGAUCUUUUCGUUACUGGGACCGAUACAACUAGUCAAACUCUAGUUUGGGCUGUUCUCCUCAUGACAAAAUACCCCGAUGUGAAAGUAAAGUUUUGUUCUGAGAUUGACACCAUAAUCGGUAGAGAUAGGUUUCCAUUGCUUUCUGAUAAAGUUGAAAUGUCAUACUGCGUAUCUUUGAUAUACGGAGUAAUGCGCUACAUGAGCCUAGUUCCAUUUUCGGUGUUCCAUUCGACCACGAAAGAUACUGAGCUGGGAUCCUACUUCAUUCCAAUGGAUACCAUGAUCCUGCGUAAUCUAUGGUAUGCCCAUCAUAAUCAAGAAUUAUGGGAUGCUCCUGAAAAAUUCAGACCUGAAUGUUUCCUUGUGAAGGGAAAGUUUAUGGAAAACACUAACUUUCUUGCCUUCUCGUAUGGUAAACGUGUCUGUCCAGGAAGAGCUUUUGCGAUGGAUGAGCUUUUCUUGACGAGUGUCUACCAAGAGUUUGACGUAACCGUGUACAAUCCUGAUUUUGAACCUUUGGUUGGAAUGUUACUUUAUCCAAAGUCGCAUAAUGUUAUUUUUAAGAAAAGGCAUUUUCCACGGUGAUGGAGUUAACUAGUGGGAUUUAUUUAUA